GAGACCACCAUGACGGACGAGGUGGAGGAGGUGUGCGCCAGCCUGGUGGAGUGCUUGGAGCUCAGGAAGCACUGGCUGUUCAAACCCGCGCUGUCCCCGGAGGCUCGCCGACACGAGGCCGAGGCCGCCUCGCCCUCCAAGAUCAUCCCCGACCCCUUCAAGUACGAGCCUCUGCCCCCCUCGGGGUACAGCUUCCGGAUGGUGGACGGCGUCAUGGCGGUGUACGCACCUGACGACCGAGACCAGGUCGACAACCUCUUCCCGGUGCCCGGUACGGCAUCGGAGUUCUUCACGGACAUGCACCGCAUCCUGCGGUACGCCGCAUCGGGCCCCGUCAAGUCGUUUUGCCACCACCGCCUCAUCCUGUUGGAGCAGAAGUUCAACUUGCACGUCAUGCUGAACAGCGACAAGGAGUUCAGGGCGCAGAAGGCGGCGCCGCAUCGUGACUUCUACAACGUGCGCAAGGUUGACACCCACAUCCACCACAGCGCCUGCAUGCACCAAAAGCAUCUGCUGCGUUUUAUCAAGUCCAAGUUGAGAAAGGAGCCGGACGAGGUGGUCAUCUUCCGCGACGGCAAGUACCUCACACUCAGGGAAGUGUUCGAGAGCCUCAACCUCACAGGCUAUGACCUGAAUGUUGACACGCUGGACAUGCACGCCGACAAGAACACUUUCCACCGCUUUGACAAGUUCAAUCUGAAGUACAACCCCUGCGGCCAGUCCCGAUUGAGGGAGAUCUUCAUCAAGCAGGCGAGCAGAACACAACAGAGUUGCGACAACCUGAUUCACGGCCGCUUCCUCGCCGAGCUGACCAAGGAGGUCUUCUCCGACCUGGAAUCGUCCAAGUACCAGCACGCCGAGAUGCGCAUCUCGAUAUACGGCCGCAAGGCCAUGGAGUGGGAUAUCCUGGCGGCCUGGGUGGUCGGGUUCCAGUUGCACUCGGACAACAACGUGUGGCUCAUACAGAUCCCUCGUCUGUACAACGUGUACAAGGAGACUGGCGUCAUUGAGAACUUCCAGCAGAUGCUUGACAACAUCUUCGAGCCGCUGUUCGAGGUGACGGCCGACCCUUCGACACACCCGCAGCUGCACGUGCUGCUCAGCAUGGUGGUUGGGUUCGACAUGGUGGAUGACGAGUCUAAGCCCGAGCGCCGCCCCACCAAGCACUCGGAGCCGCCCCAGCGGUGGAACACGAAGCACAACUGCGCGUACGCCUACUACGCCUACUACAUAUACGCCAACCUCUACGCGCUCAACAAGUUCCGGGAGUCCCGGGGCCUCAACACCUUCUCCUUCCGCCCCCACGCUGGCGAGGCGGGCGACGUGGACCACCUGGUGGCGGCCUUCAUGCUGUGUGAGAACAUUGCUCACGGAAUCAACCUGAGGAAGAACCCCUGCCUGCAGUACCUCUACUACUUGGCGCAAAUCGGUUUGUGCAUGAGCCCGCUGUCCAACAACUCCCUCUUCCUGGAUUACCACCGCAACCCCUUCCCUGUCUUCUUCGCCCGAGGGCUCUCCGUGUCGCUGUCCACGGACGACCCGGUGAUGAUUCACCUCACCAAGGAGCCGCUGGUGGAGGAGUACAGCGUGGCGGCCCAGGUGUUCAAGAUGAGCAGCGCGGACCUGUGCGAGAUUGCCCGCAACGGUGUGCUGCACUCGGGCUUCCCGCACGCCUGCAAGAAGCACUGGGUGGGCGAGGACUACUGGCGGCUGGGCCCGGAGGGGAACGACAUCCACAAGACCAACGUGCCCAACCUCAGACUGCGGUUCAGGUGGGGCCUGCAACCCGGGAGGACAACGAAAACCACAACACUGAUAGGAAAAGAUAAUUGA